AUGGCUAUGGAUACUCUUUCAAGAAGCUUUUCGGAUCACACACUCAACUUCGAUGGAGAAGAUAGUCACAAGCGCCGAACAUCUGAGCAUUCUGAUAAAAAAAGUGAUUUUGAAGAGAUCAAUAUUGAAAGCAAAAGCAAUGUGUUGGAAAACCUGACUACGUGUCCUCUAGCCGAAUUUGGUUGUACUGGAAAGUUUACAUCUGAUUGUGCACGAGAACAUUAUACUACUGAGAUGCAUCAAAGAAUAUUGACGGAUUUAGGAGAAAAAAGUAUUCGUAAUACGCAUAGUCUUCUCGGUGACACAAAUAAAAAAUUAGAUUCAAUGAAUUCAGAUCAUUCGAGCAUAAAAAAGACAAUUCUUUUAAUUGCUGAAGGAGUCUCAUGUUUAAACGAUGAUAAUUCGCAGAUUCAUGCGAGUAUGAUUCGAUCACAAGCUAUCAUUACGGAACAGCAGAAGGAAAUCGAAAACUUAAAACGUUCGAUUGAAGAAACAUCGCAAAUAGUUAAGUUUGCGCAAGUGAAUAGUCACAUGUUAAAAACGGAUUUGGACACAAUAAAGGAGAUAGUGACAAAUUCAUCAAGUUCGUCAUCUUACAAUGGUUCAUUUUUUUGGAAAAUUACCAACGUUACUGAACAUAUGGCGAAUGCGAAAUCAGAUCAACAAACAAGUAUCUAUUCGCCACCGUUUUAUUCUUCACCAACUGGCUACAAAAUGUGCAUGAGAUUAUAUUUUAAUGGGGACGGAAAUUCUCGAGGAACGCAUCUCUCGCUAUUCUUCGUUUUAAUGCGGGGAGAAUAUGAUAUGAUCUUGACAUGGCCAUUCUCUUAUAAAGUUAGUUUCUGCCUACAUGACUUAUCGGGCAAUCAACAUCAUAUUAUCGAUUCUUUUCGACCCGAUAUAAACUCCAGUAGUUUUCAACAACCUCAAACUAAUAUGAACAUCGCUUCGGGAAUUCCAAAAUUUUUUCCUUUAUCCAUGCUUCAAGCGACGGAUAAUCCAUACAUACGCGACGACACAAUGUUUAUUCGAUGUAUCGUUGAUUUUGAUUCAAUACCUAAAACUUGCCUACCGUAUGUGGCUAAUCUGAAUCCUGCGUUGCCCGUAAUGGUACAGAAAAAAUUGAUCGAAAAUGAAAUUGAACGACGCCAUAGAGAAGCAUCAGAGAAAGCUCGUGAGAAAACGAACGAUCUGACCGAGUCUAAAUAA